CCUAACAACCUCUCCAAAGCAUGGGUUUCCACUUGCCAAGAAUUGUUAAUGCUAAGCCGAGUCUGAAACGGACUCUUCCAUCUUCAGAGACCACAGUGGUGCCAAAAGGCCACUUUGCUGUUUAUGUUGGAGUAACUGAAAAAAAGAGAUAUGUUGUCCCCAUAUCAUUCCUGAAGCAUCCUUCAUUCCAGAAUCUGUUAAGUGAAGCUGAAGAAGAGUUUGGUUUGAAUCACCCCAUGGGUGCUUUGACAAUCCCUUGUAGCGAAGAAGCUUUCAUUGAUCUCACUUGCCAUCUUCAAUGCUCAUGAGAAGCAAUGAUGUGAGAAUUGGCUAACCAAGCAGAGAUUGGCUGAUAUUUAGCUCAACUGACAACAUCCCAAAUUUUACUUUUAGGAAGCAAGUGUGCAAGGUGGAUUGUUUUCUGCAAUCCCAUGCCCUUGUCGACUAAUUUAAUUUUUGUAACCAAUACAUAAAUGCCAAAUCUUUUAAAGA